GGAGUGAACAUGCCUUGUGAUCCUCCGUCCGGAUCAUAUAAGCAGUCAAAAAUAUGUCAAUUCAAGAGUGAUGACAACAAACAAGUGAAACUUCUUUACACACCAGGCAUGAAUCGCAUGGCCGGCCAUGGGAACGCACCACAGUAUUUAUUUAUGAACACUAAUAGCACAAGAGCUAUUAUGCACAAAAAUGGUUAGCUUUUGGCCACUGCUCCUUGUACUCUCAGCAAUUCUUGAAGUGAUCCAAAUCCUGUUGAAUAGGAAAGCUAGACGACUAAACCUGCCACCAGGACCUGGCGGUUUUCCGGUGAUCGGAAACCUGCAUCAGCUUGGGGAGCUACCCCAUCAGUCACUAGCUCGCCUCUCGCAACAAUAUGGUCGACUCAUGUUCUUAAAGUUGGGCAGUGUUCCUACCAUUGUGGUUUCCUCUGCAGAGAUUGCUAAGGAGGUAAUGAAAACCCAAGACUUGGCCUUUGCCAAUAGACCAGUCCUUGUUGCGGCUGAGCAACUCUUCUAUGGUGGGACUGAUGUGGCCUUUUCGCCCUACGGCGAGUACUGGAGACAGAUUCGGAAGAUUUGCGUACUCAAGCUGCUCAGUACAAAGAAGGUGAAGAGCUUCCAGUCAGUGAGAGAAGUGGAGGUGGCUUCCAUGGUCAGUGCCAUCUCUGCCUCUUCUCAUGGUGACACUGUGGAUUUGAGUAAGACGUUCUAUACCUUAACAAACCGCAUAAUUUGUAAAGUAGCUCUGGGCUACUCUGGAGGAGAUCAAACUGAGCAUAAAUUUUACAAGAUUAUACAGGAAUUAAAUUCCUUGUUGGGUAGCUUCUGUGCUGCUGAUUUAUUUCCCUCGAUGGGGUGGAUUGAUAUCCUCACUGGAUUUCAUGCCAGGCUCAAGAAGAACUUUCGAGAGCUGGACUGUUUCCUCGACAAAGUGAUUAGAGACCACAAGGUUUCUGAGGCGACAACCACAAACAAAGACUUUGUUGACAUUUUACUGCAAGCUCAAAAGGAUUGCAGUCUGGAUAUUCCCCUCACAUUGGAUAAUCUCAAAGCUAUCAUACUGGACAUGUUUUCAGCAGGAACAGAGACGUCGGCGACCACUCUAGAAUGGUUGAUGUCCGAGCUCGUAAAGAACCCAGCAGCAAUGAGGAAAGCUCAAGAAGAACUGCAUCGAGUUAUGGGGGUAAAAGGCAAGCUCAAUGUAUCUGAAGAUGAAGUACCCCAGUUGGAAUACCUUCACUCUGUAAUCAAGGAGAUCCUUCGGUUGCAUCCUCCUGUUCCCCUCUUGGUUCCACGAGAAUCGAAGGAGGGUACCAAGAUCGACGGAUAUGAUAUCCCUCCAAAGACAAGAGUCUAUAUCAAUGCUUGGGCCAUAGGAAGACAUCCCGAUUACUGGGAUCGAGCAGAGGAGUUCUUGCCAGAAAGGUUUAUGACUAGUACAAUCGAUUUCAAGGGGCAGCAUUUCCAGUUCAUACCAUUUGGGGCAGGACGAAGGAGUUGCCCUGGAUCUUUAUUUUCUGCACAGACUGUUGUGCUUGCUGCGGCCAAUCUGAUCCACCAUUUUGAGUGGGAGGUGCCCCCUGAUGGUCUAGACAUGGCUGAAUCCUCAGGGAUUACUGCACACAGGAAACAUCCUCUUCUUCUUCUUGCUACUCCACGAUAUAUUUGAUUUGUAUUUGAAUUUCGCGAAACAUUUUUAGGGGUGUUUCAUAUGUAAUCAUGUAGUGUUAUCGGAAUCAAAUUGGCCCUUGAACAA